AUGAGACAACGAGUAAAUGUUGAUGGUUUGAAUUUCAUCGACACACGUUUAGGGCUUUUGGAAGGCGAACCGUUGCCCCAGGAAUACGAAAUUAUUGCCAUGACGAUGACGAAGCAUAGAUUUCUUUUAAAAAGAAAUUUAAGGCUUAGAACUUUUAAGAGUCUUAUCGUGUACCUUUAA